CCCGCCCCCAGUGGCCAGGCUGCGCGCGCCGCGGCAGGUGCGGGCCGGGCAGGUGCGGCGCGGCGGGCCCCUUGCGCCCUGCAGAGACAGCCUGUGGGCACAGCCUUCUUCUCCCUGCCACUUCCGCUAUGGGCGUGAGUGGACGGCCCCUUCACCAUGAACUGUGACCCUGCUGGCACACCCCGGUGGACCUGUGUCCCUCGCCUGGGACCUGACAGCCUGGUCGCUUCUUCAUUUCUGAUGUGCUUAAUCCUCAUGGAGCUACAUCCGUAACCAUGGUGACGCGGGUCGAAGUUGGCUCCAUCGCAUCCCUGAGGGCGGGGCCGGGCCUCCGUGACAUCAGCAGGGAGGAAGCCCUGAAGAGGACCUACUUUUGCCAGACUGGGGACGCCUCCGGGGCUCCCUCCACUAGGAUCCUAAGAGCGAAAAGCCCCCUACGGACCCACCUGUUCCCUCUGCCCCUUGCUCCCAAGCCUUUCCUUAAGGAGCAGGUCCCUGAGAAGAAGGCUCCUGCCACAUCUUCGUGGCCUGGUGCCACCCAGUCCUGUCCUUCGACUGAGGCUGACAAGAAGGAAGCUAAAGAGGACGUGGUUAAAAGGAUGCCGAGCUUAGCCGGCCAGGAGGCAGACAGAGGGGAGGCCCUGCCGAAUGGCCCGUCUGUACCUAACAAGGCCACGUUCCUGAGGGCUGGCCCCAGCACCAUGGGCAUCUUUGAAACAACCAAAGCCGGACCCAGCCUGGGCAAAGGAACCAGUGAGGGGAGCCGGGAGGCCAGCUCCCGGGCAGCCCAGGCAUCUCCCUUAAGUGCCAGGCCUGAGGUGGCCACCAAGCCUGCCCUCCCCGCUCGAAAGCCCCCGGUGACUCUGCCCCGACCCACCUCCCUGUCACAGGACGCUGGGUCUCCUGUGUCCCAGGAGGAGGCAGGCCGAGCCCAACCUUUGCCAAAGGCCCACAGUGUGGAGGACCCCGCUGGCCAGGCCCCAGAGGCCAAGCCUCACCUGAAGAGACGGCCCAUGUCAGCAGUGUUCAGCGAGUACCUGCAGCCCCCGAAGCCAGGCCCAGGUGGAGUGGCAGUCACGGGCAAAGUCCCCCCUACACCUCCAGAGAAGACGUGGGUGAGGAAACCCAGGCCUCUGUCUGUGGACCUGACUGCUGUGUUUGAGAACAGAGAGAUGUUGCUGAGGAAGGUGGGCAGUGAGCAGAAUGCAGCAGAGAGCCAGGGCCCGGAGAAGACCAGGACCAGCCUGGAACCCAAGGGUGAUGCAGAGGGCCCUGCCCGCGUGGACGCCACCCCUCAGGACCCUGACUCAGACUUCCAGGAGGUGGCCAAGAAGCUCCAUGCACGGAGGGAGAAGGCCAUUCUUAAGCAGGCAGAUGCAGACAGUCCCAGGACUCCAAGGGCCAGGGCCAUCCCUGGAGAUGAUCAGAGUCCCCAGGAAGAGGAAAGGCCAGACCAGCAGUCAGAGAAGGUGCCAGAAUCCCCUUUGCCCAAGCCAGGAAGAGGCCUGGGGCUGGCCGAGGUCAAGGCUGGAGGAUCUGACCAGGAGGCUCCUGCAGGGACAGAGAGGAAAUCUGUAGGGAGCAUCAGGAAGCGCCUCAGUCUGUUUGAGGAAGAGAGCGCUGUGGCCUUGGCAGUGGUGUCUGAGCCCUCCCCUGUGACCCCUGAGUCCCCAUCCACAGUGCCAGAGCCUGAGAGAGCUGGUGUGAGUGUUCAGGCUCGGAUCAAAGGCUGGACUGUGGAAAGCGCAGGGGCGAAGCCAGAGGUCAGGAGAAGGACGUCCCAGGCACGGCCAUUGUCUAUGGAUCUGACCAAACCGUUCUCACGGUCGCCUUCGAGCAGUGAGGUCGGGUACGAGAAGUGUGCCCUGCUGGGUGGUGAGCUCCCCGGAGAAAGGAGAGGAAAGCCUAAGGAAGGGCGCGGUUUGGAUGGAGCCCCCGCCGCAAAAAGUCCCUGGAAGCCUGGGGUGCCCCAGAAGUCCAGGCAGACAGAACCCAAAGAUGCUUCUGACCAGGACCCUGACAGGUGUCGGCGUGCACACUCAACAGGAGACCCGGGUCCUUCUGAAGUCAGUCCAGAGGAUGAUGGAAGCUUCCAGAAGGUGUGGGCCACAGUGUUUGAGCAUCACGUGGAGAGACACACAGUGGUUGACCAGGCAGGCCAUUGUCUCUCGCCUGCGCCCUCUCAUGAUGUGGCUGGCGUCCCGGAUCCCAAACCCAGGCCUGAGAAAGGCUAUUGGCUGGGGAAGGACCCUCUAGGGGUUAUAAACAAGAGAGACAACUCCAGGUGGUCCGACCAUGCUGACCCGGGGAUGCUGGGACGAGCUGUCCUUGUGGAGGUGGAGCCGAGACAGCAUCCCACCUCUUCCCUGAGACACCACACCCCCGUGGGAGAAGGGCACGGCAGUCACUCUGUCCUGAGGCAUCUAGAAAGCCCCCCUGUGUCCCAGAGGAUCCAGCCCAAGUAUGACAUUGUGCAUACCUCCGGGGAGCGGGCGCACAGCGAAGCUGUUUCCAGGGUGCCCGAGGAGAAGGCGGUGACGCUACGCAGUGGCAGACCCCGGCUCUCGCUGCAGGGCCGGCAGCUGUCCCAGGAGGUCGACCCUACUCACGUGGAGUGUGCUCAGCAGGCUCAUGGGGGUGCCGUGCAGAGGGCAAGUUCAAUAUGGGAAGCUCGGGGUCAGGAGGCCAGUGGGCCAAAGCUUGAUGGUCAACAGCCAAGGGAUGGGUUUGGGAGCAGCUGCCCGUCAUCCAAAUGGACGGGAGGAGUGGCGGCCAGCUGGCAGAGCACCUCCGUGGCCGGCAAAGAUCUCAGUGCUCCCCACAGGGGUCCAUCCUGGGAUGGCUCUUCACAUCCUCCAUCCAGGGCCACCGUGGAGCCCGGUGACUCCCAAGUACAGGCGAGGCCCAACUCAUUGCCUCUGCAGAAAGGUCCCCUCAUGGUCGGCGGUGAGGAUAGCCCAAGGCUGGCCCAGGCAUUCCAGCCUGAAGUCAGAAUGCGGAGGUCCAACCCUUCGGAGCCGAGGAUGGACAGGUGGAGACGGCGGACUCUGCCCCAUGAUGUAAAGUUUGAUGCAUUCAGCCUGCUCACGCCAGAGAGCACCUCCAGAAGGCAGCAGAGACCUGCAGAUGAUGUGACCUCCCCAACCUGUGCCUUAACGAGACCUCCAUUGUCCCACCUCCAGGCACAAACUCGGGAGGUGACUCCAGGUGCCUCACACAGUAGGGCUUCUCCGGUGGAGAAGCCGGGGCCGUCUGCUGAACCCAGUGCAACUUUCUUUGCGGUGACCUAUCAGAUUCCUGACAUUCAGAAGGCCAAGAGUAUUGUUAAGCCAGGGCCUGAAAAUGUGUCGGAAUGUUCUUCUAGAAGACCGGCUCCCCCUCUGUCACCUCGUUCUUUUGUGUCUACUCUGGCUUCUCCUAGCCACGAAGAGCCACGGGCUCCGGCCAGCAGUAAGGGCUGGACUAAGGGGAGAGAGUACGAAGAAGUAAAGAGCCUUUCAAAGCACCCGAAGGCCACGGAUCAGGCAUCGUCUGCCGAGGACAGGAAGCUGGAUCCUGCCAGGGACAGAGUCGUUGAUGUGGACGCUCUGUGGCUGCAUCGAGGGUCAGAAGAAGGCACUUGGAAGGAUGGCAGGAUCAGGGCAUCCUCAGGCAUGGACGCCCCACAGACUUCCCCGGUCCUGAGGCGCCCCAAAAGUCUCCUGGUCAGAAGGAGGACAGAAGUGAUCAGUGAGACCUUCCCAGGGAAGAUGAGAGAUGGCUACAGGUCUGGCGUCCUUGACAUUGAUGCCCUGAUGGCCGAGUACAAAGAGCAGUCAAACAGAACCCCCAGCAAGGCCCAGGAGCAGAGGGACAGUCCUGCCGAGCCCAGUGGCUCCCCUCAGGAGAGAUCAGGUUGGCCCAAGGAGGCGGAGUGGGGGCGGAGGAGCCUGAAGGAAGCUCCCCGGUUAGACAGUGUUGGGAAACAAGCCUCUGUGAAAACUCCGCCGUCCCCUGGCCCCAGCAAACAGCCAGCAGAGCCCCUAGGGGCAGCCGUGACCACCAAGUCCGGUCUACCACUGUGGGCACCGCCACACUCGGCUCCUGUGGAAAGCUGUCCCUCCCCUGUCCCCGCUGGCUCCAGGAGAAAGUCCUCGGGCAUCGCUGAGUUUGAGAGCAGGCCCUCCUCCAGUGAGUACCAGGAGGCAAAGUAUAGACAAGGCCCAGCCAAGUCCCAGGAACCGGGCAUCGCCAUCGGGGACAGAAUCUCCCCCAGGUCACCUCCCUCCGACCGGAAGAAAGGGACGCCAAAGAGGUCCACGGGUCAGGGAGUGGAGGGCAGUGGGGUGCAGUGGGGAACCCCCCCACGUGACUGUACUUGGUCACCCCUGGACAUCAAGAGGGCCUGCUCAGAGAAGGGCCCACCAGCCAGGGUCCGGGAGGGCCUGUCUGUCAUGCAGGACGCCAGGCAGCGGAGACAAGAAGAGCUCAGGGAGAAGCCGGGUCUCCCCACUCAGACUCCCAAGGCCACAGCAGGACCCUGCCAGAAGGAGGCAAGGAAGCCGGGUGGUCCUAAGGUGCCUCUGCAGAACCCGGAGCAGGGGGAAGGUCUGCAGGACGGCCAGCAGCCUCUCCGGAAGGUGUCCCCCGUGGCCUCUGUCCCCAGGCGAAGUCACAGCUUUUGCAAGGACAAGAGGAGCGGUCCCUUUGUGAACCAGCUGAAGCAGUGCUUCUCCAGGCGAGCCCCCGAGGCCAAGGACACUGACACCCUCGUGCACGAAGCCGACAGCCAGUAUGGGACCUGGGCAGACCAGGGCCAGAAUGGAGGCAGUUUCGGCCCCGAGUCCCCGUCAUCUCCCGACAGCAGUGCCGCGUCUACCGGGAAGCAGCCACCAAGUAACCACUUGUCCUCGUACACGGAGUCCACGUCAGUGGAUCAGCGCGACAGCUCCCGAGACCGGCGCAGCUCCAGCGCGGACCGCUCCAGUUCCGAGCUGGAGUCCACAGAUGGCCCAGAAGGGCCACCUCCGUUAGACGCGUGCCCAGCAGAGAGAGAGGAUGACUUUUCCUUCAUCCAUCAAACCUCCGUCCUCGACUCCAGUGCCCUGAAGACCCGGGUGCAGCUGAGUAAGCGAAGCCGUCGCCGGGCUCCCAUCUCCCACUCGCUCCGGCGCAGUCAGUUCAGUGAGUCUGAGAGCCGGUCCCCUUUGGAAGAGGAGUCGCACAGCACAUGGAUGUUCAAGGACUCAACAGAAGAGAAGUCGCCCAGGAGGGACGAGUCGGAUGAAGAGCCGCCCAAGGUGGAGAGGACCCCUGUCAGCCAUCCGCAGAGGAUGCCUGUGUUCCCAGGCAUGGACCCAGCUGUGUUGAAGGCUCAGCUCCACAAGAGGCCGGAAGUGGACAGUCCUGGCGAGUCUCUCAGCUGGGCACCCCAGCCCAAGACCCCGAAGUCGCCCUUCCAGCCUGGGGUGCUGGGCAGUCGGGUGCUGCCUUCCAGCACAGACAGAGACGAGAGGUCAGAAGAGGCCUCACCCCAGUGGCUGAAGGAGCUGAAAUCCAAGAAGAGACAGAGCUUGUAUGACAGACAGAGCCUGUAUGACGACAAUCAAGCUUGACCAGACGGGACAUCACUACACCCAUAAACUCAAGCCUUAACCGCCGGACGUCAGAACCCGAGGCCAAGCCACCCGCUCCUCCCUGGCCAAGCUCACGUGCCUGGGCCUUUCCGCCCUGAAGACACUGUGCUGAGCCCCAUGUGGGUCCCCACAGGAAGACCCUGCCCCAGGACCCGCUCCAAUCCCCAGAAGGAUCUUCCAGCUCUCCUUGCAGAAGUGGAUUGGCCUUUGGUGUGACAGUAUGGCCUCUGCAUACACCUCACAGGACCCUCUCAGCUGGAGAAGAGACCCUCCCUGGGCAGCCCUUCUGGAAGGACUUGGACAAGCAAGCUUGAAAGGCUCUCAGAUGGCCAGGGUCACUGUCCAAGCAUUACACCGGUGUCUCCCGGGUUUUGAUUUUUUUUUUUUCUUCUUUUUGACGGGCUCCUCUUACCCCACUUAGAGCCUGUGUUCAUAUUUAUAAGCACACACCCAACACCCCCGCCCCGUUCUGUCCGUACACUUACUCUCCCUGUGGGGCCGUGUGCAUAGUUGGCCCGUGUCUCGCAGCUUCCGUGGUUGCUUUAGAGGGGGAUAAAGCAAUAAUGCAGCCAAUCUUCUUUGAAACUUGACGUGCGCCUGUAUCUCGGCAUGGACAGACAGCGGGAAGGGACGGACAGUGUCCAGUUGCCUCAGGUCGUCUGACCCCUGUCCACGCCUGUGAACGCGUGUGAGUCUCACCCUUGUCCAGGUCUGGGUGGCUCUCCUGAUUUUUCCUGAUUUCCUCCCCCUCAGUCCCCAGUGUUACGAACCUCAGUCUGAAUGGUCCGUGCCUUGGCUGCUCGCAUACCAGACCUGAUCCGGGCGUCUUUCCUUCUGAUCUUUUCUGAACACCUGUGUCCUGCUGGAGUGAAGCCCCAACUAAGUCAGCUCAGACCGGACGCAGCCCCACCCCUGCCAUCCGUGACCUGCCUGGCCAAGGGAUGGUCCAGGCCCAUCUGGAUGCUGAUCUAACUGAAAGGCUCCUGCAGUGGGAGCCUAAGGCCGGAUCCUGGGCCACAAGGUCUACGAUGCCCUCCUUCGCAUUCUGCUAGCUGAAUGCUCACUCCCGGGAGUCUCAAUCCUUCUGUUCUCUGGACACCCACUCGGUCUCCUUUCCUUUUGGAAGUCCUCAAGGCCACAUCAGAAGCUCCAGCCCCAGCGGUCACCCCAGACAUGCCAGGCCAGCCGCCCACUGUGCCAGCAGCUUCCAGAGACCUUUCUCCAACCUUGCCUUGGUGACAUGCUUGUGCAGUCCCAAGGUGGUCCGUGGCUGUGGAGGGCCCUGGGUCGGGUGUUCUGAUAGAUGCCUGCCUGGCACUUGUGCCCACCACUGCCCUGACGUUCUCAGCGGCAAAAGUCGCUCUCUGUAAAUCCGUUACUUGCCAAUGGUGUCAAGACCUGUUCUCUCUGUCUUCCCACCUCAGCUCCUCUCUUAUCCACCCUCUCUGCUGGCUUUCCUGUUGGAAGGGUGUGGUGGGAAAGGGUGGCAGUAUUUGAUAUCAUUGGGUUAGGACAGUCACCUGUGCCUGGGGGCUGAGGUGUUCAACACCAAGGAGACUGCAGGCCCCACCUGCACCCUAUCUGCAAUCCCGUCUGCACCCCCCUGCACCUACCUGCACCCCCAUCUGUACCCCCCUGCACCCAUCUGCACCCACUUGCACCUCCACCUGCACCCCCCUCCACCCAUCUGCACCUACCUGCAUCCCCACCUGCACCUCCACCUGCACCCAUCUGCACCCAACCCUGUGCUCUGGCUACUGACAAGAGCAUAAUGUUCACAUUUUCUGCAUUCUCUACCUUCCCUGAGCUAGUGGUGAGUGGCAUCCCUGAAAUCACUUGGGGCUCAGCCUCCCUGCAGACGCUUCCAUAGUUCCGUUUUCUGUGUUAUGUUUUUGGAUCCGUUUUGUACGCUGCAGCACUUUUGAUCUGGUAGUGGCUUGCCCGGGAGUCCCUUUAAAACACACUAGCAGGCCUGAGGGGGUGGAUCAGUGGGUGGAGUGUGUGCCCAGCACACAGGAGGUCCUGGGUUCUGUCCCCAGUACCACAUAAAUCGAGUGCGGUGGUACAUACCUGUGAUUCUAGCACUUGGUUGAAAGGAGGAGGGUUGGAAGUUCAAGGCCACAUAAGAGAGUUGGAGGCCAGCCUGGGCUGUAAAUCUGCUCAUACAACAACAACCAAAAACCCUGCAACAUUCUCCUCAUGCUUUGACCCUAACUUCUCCUGACUCCUUCCUUUGUCCUGGGCGUAAAGAAGCCCACGGUGACAGGAAGUGUUCUGUCUUGAGUAUCGAAAGGCGGUAGUGGAAUCAAAGUGACCUUCCCUGUGUGUCAUUACCUAACUUCCCGUGCUUGAUUGAUGAGAAAUCAGUGUGAUUCCACAGGAAGACCCACGCACUGACCCCCCAGAACCCAAAAUCUGACAAUCUCGCUGGGUCGGGAGUGACCCGUCUGGUGCCAGUUGGCCACGCCCCCUGUUUAGAGUUGACACAGUGCAGGGAGCAGAGGUCCGAGCAGCUGGACCCUUGAGUGAGUGACCCAUUUAGUUUCCUUUUCUAAACCAGGUAACGACUCUGGGUGACUCAGUGUGCUGUAUGCUACUCCUUGGGUUUCUCUAGGACCCUCCUCUUAAAGGAACCUAAGAUGCCUUAAGCGUGUGCAGUUUAGACAUCUGCAUCUCCCCAAGCCCCCGCUUCCUGGUAACUCUGGCCGUGUGCACAGUCCCACGCAUGCUCCAUAUGACCUCCUCUUUGCCCAUUAUCAUGUUGACAUUCGGCCUUUGGAAACCACCCCCACUCCCAUAGGUAGGUGGUCUCCCACAUUGUCUCUGGCCUCACACGCAGAGGCCUUUGUCCUGUGAAGUCAUAUGGCACUGUGGGGAGUCCUCAGCUCCCGCAGAGAACCAGGUGGUCCUGGGGACUUGGGAGCCUAGUGUGAAAUUUAUCUGAUGGCCUCAUGUUGGGUGGAAUGCAGGGACAGACAGGACCAGAGGGGUUUGUCUUGGAGAGGAGCAAGCCAGAUUUCUGCCUAGAUGCACAUUUUCCUCCUUCAGUGAGACCACCCCUAGGAAUAGGCCCAGGUCCUCAACCUUAGCUGCUGAGCAGAGAUUGGAAAAAUCCUAGUGUGGUUUCCCUUAGGGAAACCCAGCCAGUCGUGGGGGGCGGGGGCAGGGGGUUGGGGGCAAGACCUGCUCUGUCAAUCCUGGCUUUAACAGGCACCUCCUGGAUCUAGGCUUGAUUGAAAAUUGAAAAGCCACGCCUACCCAUGUUAAUAUUCAGGCCCCGGAAAGUCAUUUUCACAACAGAGAUGUUGUGCCCUCCAAAUGUGCCUUUGCCCCACCAUGUGUUGAUAGGGAGCUGAUCUCCAAAUAUCUGGGUUUCCGACCUUGCUGGGGAUAGUCUUGAGGUGGAGGGAGCCCCAGGAGACUAGCAGGGCCCACUCCACACCUCUGAGUUUGCCUUGGCCUCAAGCCCCUCAGCGAUAGAGGACACCAUUGACAUUUCAGGGAGGUCACGUUCAGGAAGGCUGAAGCCAUGUCAGAAGGCAGCAGGAAGGAUGAGGCUUCACUUGUCCCUGUCCCGUGGCCCCCAUUACACCUCAGAGCAUCCUUUUGUCUCUGUAGCUCCCACAGGAAAAGACACUUCACAGCCUGCAUCCUUUACCCUCCAAGAGUCUCCUUAAACUGUUCAUGUCACCUGUGCCCUGACAAUCGCUGGCAGUACCGAGCCAGCUAGAAUCUCUGCUGUCCUCUAAAGGACAAUCCACUCUUUUUAAUGUUCUGGUCCCGUGUCGCCUUACAGAUCUUGUUAUAUGGGGCUCACAGAGGUAAUAUAUUGAUAUACGGAAGGCAUUUGUACCAAGUUGUUUCUUAUUCUGUUCAAAGAGUGAUCGUGGUCCUCAAACAUGCUUUGUAUGCUGGGGCGGGAGAGUGGAAUGAUAUAUGUGACUAUAGGGUAUAUUUUCCUAACUGUUCUUCUGGGUCCCGCCUGGGAUGUUGGCGACAUGGUCGGGAAGGACUCGCAAGAUGCACGUCCUGUCUGUGGCAAUUCUGACAGCUGCCUUACCAAGCCACAAGCUGCAAGACUUCUGGAAUGACGGCGGCGGCGGCGGCGGCGGCGGGCAGGGCGCUGCGGCCAGUCCCAGGAAGGACCUAACUGCGUGACUGAGAAUUCAUCUAUAAAAACCUAUAUUUUUACUGUCAAAACAAAUGGGGUUUCCCGGACUCCGCAGUGGCCGGAUGCCCCCCACCCCCCCGUGCUUUUAUAUUUUGUCACCGUAGGAGGUUUUCUGGCACAGACAAGCAGUCAGGAAUCCAGCUGACUGCAUCAAAUGGGGUGAACUCUGCAUGUGCAAACGGGGCACACCCAGACUCCAAAAAUAGUAAAUAAAGCCCUCACAGCGGUUGUGCUGUCAAA